AUGACGCAAACUGUGGAAGCCCCGUCCGAGCGCACGUUCCUGUUCACGUCCGAGUCCGUGAACGAAGGCCACCCGGACAAGCUGUGCGACCAGAUCUCGGAUGCCGUGCUGGACGCCUGUGUGGCGGAAGACCCGAACUCGCGCGUGGCGUGUGAGACGUGCGCCAAGACGGGGAUGGUCAUGAUCUUUGGGGAGAUCAGUACGAAGGCGGUUGUCAACUACGAGAAGGUCAUUCGGGACACGAUCAAGGGCAUUGGCUACGACGAUCCUGCUAAGGGACUCGACUAUAAGACGGUGAACGUCAUUGUCGCUAUUGAGCAGCAAUCGCCGGACAUUGCGCAGUCGGUGGACUCGGUCACGGACGAGGAUGUCGGGGCUGGUGACCAGGGCAUCAUGUUUGGCUACGCGACGAACGAGACGCCGGAGCUGAUGCCGCUCUCGCACGUGCUGGCCACCAAGCUGGGCUCGAAGCUCACAGAGGUGCGCAAGAACGGGACGCUCGACUGGAUCCGCCCUGAUGGCAAGACGCAGGUGACGGUCGAGUACAAGAAGGAGGACGGCUGCAUGGUGCCGCAGCGCGUGCACACGGUCGUGAUCUCGACGCAGCACAAUGACGACGUGACAAACGAGCAGAUUGCUGCCGAUCUCAUGAAGCACGUCAUUCAGACUGUCAUUCCCGAGAAGUACCUGGACGACAAGACGGCGUACCACUUGAAUCCGUCGGGACGGUUUGUGAUUGGCGGGCCUCACGGUGACGCAGGCUUGACUGGUCGCAAGAUUAUCAUUGACACCUACGGUGGAUGGGGCGCGCACGGCGGCGGUGCGUUCUCUGGCAAGGACACAACAAAGGUCGACCGGUCUGCUGCCUAUGCGGCUCGUUGGGUCGCCAAGUCGGUGGUGGCCAAGGGCCUUGCCCACCGCCUUCUUGUGCAGCUUUCGUACGCUAUUGGCGUGCCCUAUCCGCUGUCUAUUCACGUCGAUUCGUAUGGAACGGUGAAGAAGGGAUUGUCCGACGACGAGCUGGUUGAGAUCAUCAAAAAGAACUUUGACUUGCGUCCGGGUAUGAUCCAGAAGUCGCUGCUGCUGAAGCGCCCGGUGAUGCAGAAGACUGCUGCGUACGGCCACUUUGGACGCGAGGAUGCGGACUUUACGUGGGAAACGGUCAAGGAGCUGGAGGUAUAG